GUUUUCCAAUUUGUUUAGAUGGCGCGAAUGCUGUACUGUCAAUUGUCGUUAUGAAAAUUGACUCCAUUGGUCUAUUUCCAGUCGAACAUUAUUCGGUAUUAAUUUAAAACCGCACGGAUUGACAUUUUAUCGAAAAAUGUUGCGCUGUGUAUGGCGCAAGUGUACAACCAUGGUCUGCAGUUUAACCCACUGGGGUAACUCGUCUGUAGGAAUCCCCUCAGUCAUGUAGCGAACUAGCUAAGCUAAGCUAAUUGGCUAACGAGUGCUCGAGCCUAGAGUACUUCUCUCGAGCUUGUUUGCUCUAGCGACAGUUCGCGGAUUUGUCGACUAAGAAUCUGGCUCUGGUUUUCUGACGUCCAGGUAGUAUAAAGAAAGAAGCCAGAAUGUCCAAAGGGAAGCGGGAUGAAUACAUGGUGAAGUUUGUUGAACGUAAUGGACAGAAAAGUGAGCUUGCUCUCAGUGCCUAUGAGGCCAUUGUGGAACUGCAGUCUGAGAAGUAUGUGCAGACCAUUGAUGAGGAGGUGGCACUGCAGUUGGAGCAAAAUGAUAAAUCCUUGUAUGUCUUCAGUGACUUCACUAGCAAUGCAUUUGAGCACUGCAGACAGCUGGGCUGCAGGAUAGUGAGUCCUUUAGUGGUGCUCUUUUGCCUGCAGCUGCAGAGGUGUGUGCCCAAGGCAGAGAAGCCGGUCUACAACAUGGCCAUGGCUGACAUUGCAGUGUCCUGCACCAGUCUGGACAAGGAAGCACGGACAGAAGUAAUGGAUUUGGUCCAGCUAAUGGGUGGCCGGGUCUACCGAGACCUCAACGUAUCUGUCACUCACCUGGUGGCAGGUGAGGUGGGCAGCAAGAAGUAUUUGGUGGCAGCCAACCUAGGGAAACCCAUCCUAUUGCCUACCUGGGUCAAAGCAUGCUGGGAAAAAUCUCAGGAGAGCCUGUUCCUGCACUCAGACCUGUGUAUGGAAGACUAUCUGUGUCCUGUGCUCAAAGGCUGCACAGUGUGUGUGACAGGUCUGUCCACAGUGGAGCGCAAAGAGGUGCAGCGGCUUUGCGAGCUGCACGGUGGCCACUACACUGGCCAGCUGAAGAUGAACGAGUGCACUCACCUCAUCGUCAAUGAACCCUCAGGUCAGAAGUAUGAGUUUGCGAGGAAGUGGAACGUGUACUGUGUCUCCCUCCACUGGCUCUUUGACAGCAUUGAAAAGGGCUUCUCCCAGGAUGAGAGUCGCUAUGCUGUAGAGCGAGAGGGGAAGAGGAGAGCAGAGGAGUCAGGCCGACCCAAUACCUCCACCCCCACCGGCUCCAGCAUGAGCAAGGAAGAUGGGCCAUCGUUGCUUGGACUGAGCCAUAUUUCAAAUGUCAGCAUGAAUGUUAACGAAACAGCUAUAACCACGGCAACCACGAGCCGCCUGGAGACUCCUGAUCCAAUCGACUCAUUCGACGUCACAGUCUGUCCAACAGAUGACCUAUUGGAUGGCUGUAAGCUCUUCCUGUGUGGCACGGCAGGUAAGAGGCUGGAGAAGCUCCGUCGGCUGGUCAACUCUGCAGGAGGCUUGCGCUUCAACCAGCCCGGUGAGGAGCUCACGCAUAUUGUAAUGGGGGAAGUAGACCAGGAUGUCAAAAACUUCCUCGCUAAAGCAGUCCACAGGCCACAUGUGGUGACAGUGCAGUGGCUGCUGGACAGUUGCACUCAUGGGUCCGUGCUGCCAGUGGAGGGCUACUUCCAUCCCUCGUUCCCCCCUCCUGCCCCUGCCGCAGUGGACAUGCCUGUCCCGCCCGCACCCAGACCCUCCGCUGCCAAGCCCCCAGCUCCACAGGCUAGGGCAGAGGAAGACUUGCUCUCGCAGUAUAUGGACAAUGACCAGACUGUAGUGGAGCCUCCAGCCCCAAAUAGCAGUAACAAGACUCCAGGCUCUGCGCUGGCAGCCCCAGUAGCCCCUGGGCAGGACUCCUCUCUGCCUGAGGCCUCAGAGGGAGCGCUGUUCAAGGGCAAGCGCUUCCUCCUGGUGGGGUUCGGAGCAGAGGCAGAGGCCCAGCUCUCGCUGCUGGUGAUGGAGAACAUGGGGAAGGUGGUGGUUGGCCGUUUCCGGGGUGUGGCUGAUUAUGCCGUUGUUCCGCUGCUGGGCUGUGAGGUGGAGGCCACGGUGGAUGAGGUUGCUACGGACACCUGGCUGACUAUGUGUGUGGAGCAGCAGUCUGUGUUGCCUCUGGCCUCUCAUCCACUAUUCUCUCCGGUGGUGGUGAGGGAGGGCUGCUGUCCUCUCAGGGACUGUGUGCUCUCGGUCAGCCAGUUCAGUGGGGCAGAGAGAGAAUCUCUCAUCCUCCUCGCCAAACAUCUUGGUGCUAGUGUACAGGAGUACUUUGUGCGUAUUGCCAACCAGAGGAAAGGCAUGCUGGCCAGCACUCACCUGGUCCUACAGACUCCUGAGGGCACCAAGUACCAGGCAGCACAGAAGUGGGGGCUGCCUGCCGUAACACUGCGCUGGGUCCUAGAGUCCGCCCGUACAGGAAAACGUGCAGAGGAGGCGCACUACCUGGUUGAUCUGCCACCAUCGCCAGAGCAUUCUGAGGAGAGUUUCAUUGGAGCGUCUCAGAAAGCCCCUGCUGCCCCCGUCCCCUUGCGCCUCUCUCCAGAGCUCCCCCUGUUGGGUCCCCAGAACGGCGCAGCCGUGACACCCCUGGACACCAGCCGUCUUCAGAGCCGUGCCAUCCACUCCGUUCUCCGCAAGAUGCAGAACGGUGAGCGGUCGGAGGUGGAUGUCACGAUGCCAGGGCCGGACGAAGGCACAGGGAGUCUGCAGAAAGAGCCAGCUCUUCAGCUUGACACACCAUCGCGCUUCCUCAGCAGAGACCGGCUCUUCGGCCCCUCCUUUAAUAUCAAGGAUGUUUUUGACCACUUAAAAACUCCUGGUAAUAAGCCCCUGCAGGGCCAGAGGGUGGAGACUCCUCUGAGUGAGGUCAUUGAGAGGAAUUUGAAGGCAGCAGUUGCCAAUAGCAACCGUAGUCAUGUCUUGAGCCUUGCUGCCCUGACUGCAAGUCCACAACUGGGCAAGGAGCCAGAACUUCAGGUGCAGGAGCAGGCAUCAACACCACUGACUGGAGUUGUGGUGUGUGUGAGUAAGAAACUCAGUAAAAAACAGGGUGAGCUAAAUGCAAUAGCUGCGUCCCUGGGAGCAGAAUUCAGGUGGUCUUGUGAUGACACUGUCACCCACUACAUUUACCAGGGCAAAGUAGGAGACAGCAGCAAAGAGUAUAAGGCAGUGAAGAAGAGGGGCCUGCAUAUAGUAUCACAGCACUGGCUACAGGCGUGCACAGAUGAACAGAAGCAUGUAGCCGAGUCGCUCUACCCUUUCACCUUUAACCCCAAAAUGAGCCUGACCCUGAGUCAGGUGAGCAACAGCACCCAGAGGUCACCUCCUCCUGCCUCAGUCCAAGCAAAACCCCAAGCUCUCCCUGAAGAUGGGGACACCCGGAGUUGCUCUGUGAACAAUAUCACAGACAUCUCCACCCCUCAUAGAGUCAGUGGAGCGGAGCCUGAGCAAGAGCAGCAGGCCAGUGCUGAAAGGAGGGACCUGACAGAAACUCUGGAGAUGAGGGAGAACUUACAGAGGCAGCUGCAGGAGAUCAUGUCCGCCACCAAGCUGACAAGCCACCGGCGGGCCUCCUCCAGACUGGCCUGCAUGGGCUCUGGGGGGCUGGACUCCCCUCGAACUCCAGAGAGCCUGGGCCGAGUGGGAAGACGCAGUCGCACGCUCGAGGCCUUGCGCAUGUCGCGUGAUGUGGCGAUGGAUGUGAACACGGAGGCAUCUCAGAGCGAGCAGAUCGUGUGGGAUGACCCCACAGCGAGGGAGGAGCGGGCCAAGUUGGCUGAUAACCUACAGUGGCCUGGCAGCCCUUCCCAGCACUCAGAGCCCCUCGCCAUCCUACCCCCUCCGCCCUCCCACGAGUCCCCCUCCGCCAGAGACUCCAUGACCGACUCCGAACUGGUGGAGUUGGCUGCCUGUGACGUGAUAGAGGAGCAGAUGAAACAGAAGGUGACCCCUCUGGGGGUUAAUGCUGACCCCAGGGACUCUAAAGCCCCCGAAGCCCCUGACAAUGUUUUGCCUGUUUCUGUGCCUACAGCACCACCUGAGCCACAGGAGGAGGAGGCGGUAAAGAAGGAGCCUCCGCGGUUCCAGCUGUCUUCACUCAACCCACAGGAGCGCAUUGACUACAGCUACCUCAUAGAGGAGUUGGGUGGUAUCUUGCUGGAGAAGCAGUGUUUUGAUCCCAGCUGUUCUCACAUCAUCGUGGGCUAUCCUCUGAGGAAUGAGAAGUACCUGGCCGCCAUGGCUGCAGGCAAAUGGAUUCUCCACCGCUCCUACCUGGAGGCCUGCCGUUCUGAGGGACACUUCAUCCCGGAGGAUGAUUAUGAGUGGGGUAGCCGCUCUAUAUUGGAUGCUCUACCCUCUAUCACAUCUCAGCAGAAAAGACUAGCACUAGCUGCUCUGCGCUGGAGGAAAGCUCUGCAGGGGCAUGCGGAUAAAGAGGGUGCUUUUGGCGGCUGGACGGUGAUGCUGAAUAUAGACCAGGCCAGAGAUGCAGGAUUCAGAAGAUUGCUGCAGUCUGGAGGAGCAAGGGUGUUACCCAGCCCCUCUCCCUCUCUGUAUAAGGACACCACUCACCUGUUUGCGGACUUCAGCCAGCUGGGUCCGGGAGACGUGAGGGUGGACGUGGCUGAGGCCUCCGCCCAUGGGGUCAAAUGUCUCCGGCCAGAAUACAUCGCUGACUACCUGAUGCAGGACCCCUCACCGCCAAUGGAUGCGUACUACCUUCCCGGAGUCGCCUUGGGAGGUGUGGCUGAAAGCCUGGCCACACCCGGGCGUAAGCGCAAAGCCUCAGACAACACCUCCACUCUGAAGAAGUGCCGUGUCAGGUGAAGCGAGCCAGAGCCCAUGAGCCAUGAAUGUAUGAAACUGUCAAAUGUCAAGUGUUGUUGUUUUGUUUUU